CUCCCCUCCCCUCAUCACCACCAGCUCUGACACUUCCGCGUCUGUCCGCUAACUUUAGCCAUGUUUCGCUCAGUGUAACUCGGUUGAAACUUCGCGCAGCGGACGCUUCGGGUCGCGGUGACAGUCGGACCGGCUGCCGUGGUGUUACAUGUCGGUCGCCGCGACGGCAGAGCGGCGUCACGUUCCAUUCAGAAGGCAACGCAGCCGCAGGAGGAAGCUAAAGCGCCUCUCGCAGCGCAGCUAGGCUAGGCUAGGCUAGGAUAGGAUAGGCUAGGCUAGUCUAGGCUAGGCUAACGGUUGCUUAGCUUCCAGGAGGGCAACGUCGCCUUGCAGCAGCCAACCGGGCACAAAGCUUCUAUGACCUACGGUCGUCUGCCCCGGUCAGAGGAUGUAUCCGCCGUCCAGAAAGGACUUCAUCUCUCUGACGCUCAGCGAUCCGCACAGUCACGCCUACACCAACGGGAAGCACCGCAGACAGUCCUGCUUGAGGAAGUGGAAGCAGCUGUCUCGGCUCCAGCGCAGCCUCGUCCUGCUCCUGCUGGCGCUGCUGCUCAUCUUUGGACUGCUCUCCUAUCCCAGCAUCACGGAGCAAUGGGGAGGGUUGUCUGACAGGGAGGACUGGCCGGAUCUGACCAACAGGGAGCUGAAGCCCGUUCCUCCAGGGGUGAAGCCUGUGUUGGGUCCAGCCGUAGAUAAAGCCCCUGUUCCCGUGGCGGGGCCACACCUGGGGCCACACCUGGGGCCGGUCGACGACGAACGUCCAGACCCUGCGGUGGAGCCCAUAGAACCAAACAUCCUUAUACUGCCUAAGCCUCUCUCUAAGAAAAAGACUUUCAUAGGCAAGAGAGGUCCACCGAGCCUGCAGAGAGACGGAAACGUCUCAGACACAGUCGCCGGGGAGAAACAAGAGCAGGAGGUUGUUCGAGAUGAAGGAGAAGGGGAUGAGGACAAAGAGAAGAAGAUCGUCAGCUGGAGAGGAGCGAGGAUUGAAGCCGAACAGGCCACCGAGCCUCCGCCUUCCGCCGCUGAGAAGGAAGCUGCAGCCGCAGCUCCGGCCAACGCUGCCGACGCCGUCACUGUCCCGCCGGAAGUUUCCCCUGGUGAGGUGGACCGACUGGAGGCGGUGCGCGACGCCUUCAGACAUGCGUGGAAAGGCUACAAGGACCACGCCUGGGGCCACGACGAGCUCAAGCCCAUCUCCAAGUCCUUUGGCGAGUGGUUCGGACUCGGUCUGACCCUCAUCGACUCUCUGGACACCAUGUGGAUCCUGGGUCUUAAAGAAGAGUUUGAAGAAUCAAAGGCGUGGAUCGAGAAGGAGCUUUCCUUCAACAAGAACGUGGACGUGAAUCUCUUUGAGACGACGAUCCGUGUGCUCGGGGGGCUGCUGAGCACCUACCAUCUCACAGGAGACCAACUCUUCCUCGACAAAGCGAAAGACCUUGGGUCCAGGUUGAUGCCCGCCUUCAAAACGCCCUCGAAGAUCCCGUUCUCCGACGUCAACAUCGGGAAGGGGACGGCCCACCCCCCUCGGUGGACGUCCGACAGCACGCUGGCCGAGGUCACGAGCAUCCAGCUGGAGUUCAGAGAGCUGAGUCGCCUCACCCAGGAGCCGCAGUACCAGGAGGUUGUGAACGAGGUGAUGAGGCUGGUCCACCAGCUGCCGGGCAAACACGACGGCCUGGUGCCCAUGUUCAUCAACACCAACAGCGGCCAGUUCUCCCACAAAGGCGUGUUCACGCUCGGCGCCCGGGCCGACAGCUACUACGAGUACCUGCUCAAACAGUGGCUGCAGGGAGGCAAGACGGAGGACGAUCUGCUGGAGGACUACCUGCAAGCUGUGGAGGGGGUGAAGAAACACCUGGUGAGGCAGACGGGACCCGGCAGGUUGACCUUCGUCGGAGAGCUGAACCACAACCGCUUCAUCCCUAAGAUGGAUCACCUGGUCUGCUUCCUGCCCGGGACCCUCGCGCUCGGCGCCCACAACGGUCUCCCCGGCGACCACAUGGACCUGGCCGUGCAGCUGAUGGAGACCUGCCACCAGAUGUACGUACAGAUGGAGACGGGCCUGAGUCCCGAGAUCGUCCACUUCAACCUGCAGGCGAGCGACGGCAACGACGUCUUCGUCAAGCCUGCGGACCGACACAACCUGCUGCGACCAGAGACGGUGGAGAGUCUGUUCUACAUGUACAGAUUCACCAAGGACACGAAGUUCAGGGACUGGGGCUGGGAAAUCCUGCAGAGCUUCAACAAGUACACCAAGGUCUCCGGUGGCGGCUACACGUCCAUCAACAACGUCCGCGACCCCGUGAACCCGGGGCCCCGGGACAAGAUGGAGAGUUUCUUCCUGGGCGAGACGCUCAAGUACCUGUACCUGCUCUUCUCCGACGACCCGGAGCUGCUCAGCCUCGACAAGUACGUCUUCAACACGGAGGCCCACCCCCUCCCCAUAUGGCCGCCGCCGCCCAAGUGAGAGGGACCAAACAGAACCAAUCAGAACCAACAGAAUCCUGCACGAGUUGGGACGCCGUCCGGACUGGACCGCAGAGUCUGAGCUGUGGGAGGAGGUUGAUUUUUUUUCUUUCUUUUUUCUAAGGAAAAGGUUUCUGUUAGAGCGGGUCUCUAAUGUUUUUCUUUUGUUUCAAAUAAAUCUGUUCUGACUCUGGAACAGGAAAGAAGAAGGAAGGAAGUGGGAUCGUUUUGUUACCGGGGCAACCGGGAGGGCUCCGUCUAUGGGUGUGUGGUUACAGCAAUCAUGCCCCCGCCCCCCACAGUUUCCAAUGAUGGAGACGUAUGGAACUAGAUCUAUGGAGGAAUCACAUGGUCGGGUCUUAAAAAUGACAUAAAUGUGAUAAUUAUUUUGUUAGUUUGGGAGCGGUGGGGAAGUUCCAGUCCCACAUCCUGGGACACGUUUCCGUUAUGAGGCCGGAGCCUCACGUGCAUGUCUUUAAUUUGAUAAAGACUAAAAUGGUACAGUUGAAGAAAUGUGAAGCCCCAGAAAACAUUGCACUUCAGAUUUAUUGGAUAAUUUUUGUCAUUGUUUGGACACAAAGAAAUGAGAAGUUAAAUAUUAUGACGCUCACUGUUUGAAGGGAAAUCUGGUCGUUGUUUGAUUAUUAAAAUUUUUUUUUUUUCAUUUAGUGCAAUGGCACUUAGGUUUAUGUUUAUAUGUCAGAAAAAAGUUUGAAGGUAAAAGGUGUAAAAUCUCCUCAGACCCCGAGGGAGGGGGUUAAUAUUUAGAGAAAAAAAAAAAUAGAAUUUAAGCGAUUAAAGUCGUGAAUUUACGAGAAAAAAACUCAACGUUUAUGUUAAAACAUGGUGAAUCUGGGCUAAAAUCACGAGUAUUUCCUUUUUGCUAAAUCCGAUUGCAAAGUAUAAUUUGACGAGGUCGUCCACUGCAGACAUAUAGUACUGUGGGGAUCCUGAAGCGACGUAGUUCCUUGAAAAACAAAACUCAAUUUUUCCGUCUUUUUUUCUCGUGAAUUUACUUUUUUAUAUAUAUAUAUAUAUAUAUUUAGUGUGACGGCACAAAGAAAUCAAAAUUAUUAUUUUUUUAAAGGUCAUGUUUAAAUGACUGAAAAACUUUGAAGGUCAAAGGUGUAAAUGAAAAAAUCUAAGUGUACACGUGAUGACACCUUGUUUUACUGAUGAAUGUAGACGUUUGUUCUGUUUAGUUUAUUUCCCCUCAGAGGAACACGUCCGUGUGUCCAUCAUGUCGUGUUCAUUGACUUCCUGCUCGUCGCCGGGAAAACAAAGCGACUUGGUACAGAAUCAUUUCCUGUGUCAGGGACGAUAAUAAACACGCUUCAUUCUCUUUUCACAGGCGACGUGUUUGUAAGAAGUGCAAGUUUGUAGAAUUUAUUUUUCUCUCUUCACACUUGAAGGAGUUUUGAUUUAUCGCCGUCGAGCCGUCAGACGUGAUGUCGAGCCGCGCGCCAGCUUUCGUUUUUCCAUACGCUGCUGUUGACAAAUCACUUUGAGGGAUGAUUCCGCUCUAAACGUUGCUGCCGUCGCUCUCCUCGUUCUUCCCUGUAGAAAAACAAAAAUCAUCUGGAGUUCAUCAUAUAGUUCCACAGUCGUGUCCGUCCGACAAAGAGCCAUAAUCCCACAUCGUCCCUGAACGUCGUGCACUACAUCUGCCAAACGCUCGGCUGUGCCUGAAAUGUAACCUUGUGCUAUGGAUAUCGUUUUUAUUUUUAUUUAAUUGAGUUUUUUAUUUUAAUGCUGCUGCAUCAGUGGUGUUCACUUGUGAAGUUCUGCUGUACGUGUGAAAUAUUUUUACUCUGGAUGGUUGGGUGACAAAAAACAAACAACAUGGGUGUGAACAUAAUUUCAGUAAAUAUUUUCGAACUUGUGUGUGCGUGUGUGCGCGUGCUGAUUUGUGAGUCAGUUCCGCUCUUUAACGUCAAAAAACUUCUUCAUUCACGUCUUUAUUUUUCAACAUUAAUAUAAUUAAAGGGUUAAAUUGUGGCAGACUCAUCAUGUAACUGGUAGUUUAUGAAAUUCCAAAAGCAUUAAAAAUGAUUCUAAGGGUUAUUUGCAAAAAAACGUACUAGUUCUUUCAACAAACGGAGGGUUUAACGUGCAAUAUUUGCUCCAAUCUAUCGGCUGAAUGAUCAAUAUUUUGAUAUGAUUUGAAUUUUAAGCCAUAACAAAAAAUGGCAGCUCUGAUAUUUAGGUGGACGGAGGCGUCAGAAUAUCAGUGUUGUUCGUUGUUUCCUGCAUUACUGACUGUGACUCUGUGUCAAAGACAGGAAUCAAUCAGUUUCAAUGCUAGAAAAAGAAAACUUCUUCCGUCGAUAAACCAUCUGAAUAUUUAAGAAACAAAGUAUUCAUUUUAAAUAACUUACUACUUUUCUGCACAAACUGAAGAGUUCAGUUUUGUUUUUCCUUUAAAUUAGCAUUUUUUUUGUCAAAGUUUCUCAUUUCCCAUCUAACAAAUCCACAUCUACUGUACAGACAACUGAGCACUUUGUAAGUACAAGCUGUGUCUUAUUGCUAUGUUCACCCGAUUAAAACUAUUUUCCUGCCAACAACGUUUUCAAAUAAAGAUUUCCAGUGAA